UCCUACCCAAGACUUCCAGGACCCCAUCACCCUUCUUUACUUAAAUCUACAACUCCCUCCUCUUGCACUCUCUCAUUCCUUCUUUACUCUUUGAUUUGAUCUGAACUUGGAUAUCAUUUCGGUUUUUUUGAUGGCGGCGUCGGAUAACCUAGCAGCGAUGGAGCCGUGGGCGUACAGGCCGACGACGACGUUUGCGGACUCGUGGAUCUCGGAGGCGUUUGCGAGGGACACGAAGGCGCUGACGAUGGCGCUGCAGAAGUCGCUGGCGGACAACAGGAGCUCGGAAUCUCCGGAUUCCGAGUUCUUGCCGUUUUUUGAUACGUUUCAGGCGGAAACGACGGCUACGCCGACUGUUUCCGGGGUUUCGGGGUCGGAUCCGGAGUCGGUUGCGGCGCCCAAGCUGCGGCAGAGGAACGCGGUUCCCGUUUCGGGGGGCAAGGUGACGAAACGGAAGUCGCGCGCGUCGAAGCGGACGCAGACGACUUUCAUCACGGCGGACCCGGCGAACUUCCGGCAGAUGGUGCAGCAGGUGACGGGGGUGAGGUUUAACGGACAGCAGUUCUCUUCGCUGCCGACGGUUGUCAAGCCCGAGCCGCAGAGACCCGGCGGCAAUCGCUUACCGGGCGGCGGGUGCUUGCCGACGCUCGACACGUCGGCGUUGUUGUUCGACCACCAUCAACAGCAGCAGCAGCAGAGGCAGCAGUACCAGCAGCAGGUUGUGGGGCCCGCAUCGGCAACGGGAGGAGGUGGACAGAUGCGACCAAUGCGCUAUGGGGCGACGGUGGAGGUGGCUGAGGGUGGUGGUGGCGUCUCUGGCGGGGAUUAGGCUUUGACUCUUAUUCGAGCUUUCCCACUCUGGAGUCGUGGAAGGUCAUGUAGUGAGAGAGAGAGAGAGAGAGAGAGAGGGGGUGAUAGAGAUAAUGUGACCGUUGAUCUUGUGACAUGUGGGUCGUUUUUAUCUGUUAAUAUAAAUUAUGUUUUUUUUAUUUCUUUUUAGUAACUUCUUUUUAUUUUAUUACUAUUUUGUUGAGCACUCUUGUAUUUGUUGAGCUUAAUGGAGUAGAAUUUUGUGCAUUUCAUUUUGCGGUUA